AUGUGCUACGCCAUGUUCUACCGAGGAUUCGGCCGGUUCGUUGCUGGCGUCCUAGAGCUGAUCAAGGGCAACACUUUCGGCGGCACUGCCUUCGCCAGCUACGGAGCCUUCUGGAUGGGCUGCACUUGUCAUGAUCGAACUUGCUCUUUUGCCACGCAACGGACACGCGCACUGGGCCAAUCAAAUGUCACCACUGUUACAAAUUUCCACACUUGUUCGUGGACGUGUAUAGCACAAUUGCCCAGCGGCGAUGACGCCGAGCUAGGCGACAUGUAUGCCUCCGGGAUCUGGGCCUUCCGGGCAGUGAACUUGCGCUGGUUCCUGUUGGAGCUCCUGAUGAAGCAGUACCCCUCGGUGUACAAGACCGCGCUCAUGGGCAAGACGCUCUGGUGCGGACUGUGGGCCUUCCUGACGGCCGGAUUCUUCGUUGUGAUGCUGCGCAAGAACGGCUGCCUAAUGACCAUCUUCUCAACCCUGGUCAUCACCUUUUCGCUGCUGGCUGGCGGAGUGUGGAGCGAGAGCUGCGAGCUGGCCGCGGGUUACUUUGGGUUCUUCUGCGGCGCGUCCGCCAUCUACGCCGCCUUCACCUUCCUGUUCAAGAUUGAGCUCGGAAUUGUGCUGCCAGGCGCGAGGCCCGUCAACUACCUCCCCACCUCUCCUGCGCACCAUUCCUAG